CUUCGCGCUCUAUCUCGACUAGGUGUGAUUGCAAUCAACAUGCCCUUUGGUGCGAGCAGAGGAAAGGGAAGAGAGUGGUGGCGUGGCUCCGCUUACAUGGCCGUUAAGGAGUUCGACGAUGGCGAGCGAGAAAGCAGUCGCGACGAGCCUGUGCGAGAAAGUGUCGUCCAUGCAAGGUAUCCGACUAUACAGAGAAUGUCAAGCCUGUGGCGUGCGAUGCUUAACGCUUUGCUGCUUGCGUCUGCCAUGUUCGUUGCUGCUUUCCUGGGCACGGGCUCGGCCAUUGUUGCGUCGAAGGCCAGUGGUCUUCAUCCACAAAGACGCAGCGCUCAAAGCGUUGAGAGUCCGAUGCGGCUCACUAAAGGAACUAGAAUUCCUUUUCUGGAGAAUGUGCCUUCGAAACCCUCAAACUUCACUCCGCACGAGAUUCUCGGCCUACCCGCGACGAUUGAAUCAGACAAAGCCUGGAAUGCAUUGAUCGGUCCGUUGAAAGGCUACAUUGAAAUAGCCCGUCCUGAACAGUACGGUCUGCCUCCGGGUAUCACCCAUCCGUCGGACCCCAAUAAAAGCAUAUAUGGCUUAGCCAUGACCCAUGAGCUACACUGUUUGAUCAGGAUUCGCACCGCCUUCUACGAUCUUGUUGAAGGCCGUCUGACGCCCGAGGAUUUUCAUAGCCCGCCUCGCCGCCCGGUAGAAAAGCUUCUUGCUUUAGACCACGGAGCAUUUCAUCUCAACCACUGCUUCGAUUACUUACAGGAGGGUCUUCGUUGCGCAGCACACCUAGACGUCCAGUACCCGGUCAUGCAUAGCGGCGCGGGAAUCUUGACAGGUGAACGAAUGUGCAAAGAUUGGGUAUGCAUCCCCGUACAUUGUUAUUACUGGCCAGCUCGCUAG